UCCCCCUCUCUCUCUAUUCCUCCCUCUCUCGCUGUCGCUUUUUUUUUUUAUUUUGCUCGGUUUUUCUCCAGUCGUCGCUUUCUUUUCUUUUCUGUGUGGGACGAGGGAUUCGAGUAGAAUAAUAGAGGAGAAAAGAGAGAAAGAAAGAUUCUGGGGAAUAUGAAAUGAUAUCUGGGAAUUGAAGUUCGUGCGGCGGCUCCGAUGCCGGCGGCGUAGAACCGUGAUCUCGGCGAAUUUAGGGUUUGUAUUAGGAGCGCAGUCUGGGGCUUUGGUUUCGCGGCGUUCGAGGGUUCUUCGUCUCAGCGCUGAGUUCUUGUGCUUGUUGGUGGAAAUCCAUGUUAAUCUUGGUGACGGUGGCGGCUUGAAACUCACAUCUCUUUCUACCUCUACCUCUUUCACAAUCUGCCUUCUUUGUCAACUUACAGAGCAGAUGCAAUGGAGCAGUCAUUGGGUGGUUUGAAGCCAACAGGUCCUUCACAUAUCUCUCCAGGGAAGACUGCACAGAAGAUCAGAAGCAGUGCAUGGGGGAUUCCAUCUGGAUCCAAUGCAUAUCAUGGAUCCAGUGAUGCGAGCCUUUUCUCGAGCUCCUUACCGGUCCUUCCACAUGAGAAAUUGGUAGAUGAUGCUUCUUCUGAAAUAACUAAUCUGAGUAAAAAGAUUGAGGGUAGGGAUUCUGUGGAUGAUCUUGACCUCCAAGGAAUUGGGAGCCUGUUACCUGAUGACGAAGAGGAGCUUUUAUCUGGAAUAAUGGAUGAUUUUGACCUUAGUGGGUUGCCUAGUCAUGUGGAGGAGUUGGAAGAGUAUGAUCUUUUCGGCAGUGGAGGGGGCAUAGAAUUGGAUUCUGAUCCUACAGAGAGCCUCACCAUUGGGAUGGCAAAAGCAAGUAUUGCUGAUGGCUAUAUUGGCAAUGGGAUUAGCCAGUACAGCCUUCCAAAUGGUGUUGGCACCAUUGCUGGUGAACAUCCAUAUGGAGAGCAUCCAUCUAGAACUUUAUUUGUGAGGAACAUUAAUAGUAAUGUUGAAGAUUCAGAAUUGCGGUCUCUGUUUGAGCAAUAUGGGGACAUCCGGACUCUUUACACUGCUUGCAAGCACAGGGGAUUUGUGAUGAUAUCUUACUAUGAUAUCAGAGCUGCUCGAACUGCUAUGCGUGCAUUACAAAAUAAGCCCUUACGACGGAGAAAACUCGAUAUUCAUUUUUCAAUUCCCAAGGACAAUCCAUCUGACAAAGAUAUGAACCAAGGAACUCUUGUAAUUUUUAAUUUGGAUCCAUCAGUUUCAAAUGAUGACCUUCGACAAAUAUUUGGGGCUUAUGGGGAAGUAAAGGAGGUGGGAAGUUUGUUUUUCCAACCCUGCCCACAAUCUCUCUCUCUCUCUCUCUCUGGCUUCAUACUAGUUUAUGUGAAGUGUUGCACAUCUCCUUGUUGCAUAAAACAGAUAAGGGAGACUCCACACAAGCGGCACCAUAAAUUUAUUGAGUUCUAUGAUGUCAGAGCGGCAGAAGCUGCACUACGGGCAUUGAACAAGAGUGACAUAGCUGGCAAACGGAUAAAGCUGGAACCUAGCCGUCCUGGUGGAGCUCGUAGAAGCUUGAUGCAGCAGUUGACUCAUGAAUUGGAACAAGAUGAAAGCAGAAUUUAUAGACAUUAUGUGGGAUCACCUAUAACCAACUCUCCUCCAGGUACAUGGGCACACUAUGGCAGUCCAGGUGAUAACAAUCCACUUCAAGCUCUCAGCAGGUCCCCAACCGGGGGAGCAAUGAGCCCCAUGGGGGGCAACCAUUUGCCUGGAUUAGCUUCUGUACUUUCACCUGUGAUAUCAAACUCUGUGAAAAUUCCUCCAAUUGGGAAAGACCAAAAUCGGGGUAACCAUGCAGAACAGGUUUUCUUUAAUAGCAAUUCAUCACAUGGAGUUGCGUUUCAGCAUUCUCAUUCCUUUCCAGAGCAUAAUAAUGGAGUGGUGAGCUCAAGUCCGGGAACUCUAAAUUCUUUUGGUCUUUCGGCCUCCAAUGCAUCUGGAAUUGGAACACUGAGUGGACCCCAGUUUCUUUGGGGCAGUCCAACUACUUAUUCAGAGCAUUCCCAAUCAUCUGCUUGGCAGUCACCAUCUAUGGGACAUUCAUUCACAUCCAAUGGCCAUGCGCAAGGGCAUGGAUUUCUUUAUUCAAAUCGCAAUGGUUCUGUCCUUGGGUCAUCACUUCCUCACCAUCAUGUGGGGUCAGCUCCCUCUGGUCUUCCUUUCGAAAGGCACUUUGGUUUUUUUCCUGAGUCACCAGAUACAUCUUUCAUGAACCAGGUCACAUUUGGAAAUAUGGGUAUUAGUCGAAAUGAUGGAAGUUUAAUGAUGAAUAUGAGUGCUCGGGCCUCCAUGAAUCUUGGAAGUGCUUUGGCUGGAAACACAUCUGAUAAUAGUUCACCCAAUUUCAGAAUGAUUUCCUCACAGAGACUGGGCCAUACAUUUUUCGGGAAUGCUCCAUAUACUGGACCAGUUUCUUCCAACAGUGAGGGUCUACUUGAGCGAGGUCGCAGUCGACGAGCUGACAACAGUGGGAGUCAAGUAGAUAGCAAGAAGCAGUAUCAGCUUGACUUGGAAAAAAUAGUCAGUGGGGAAGAUAUCCGGACAACAUUAAUGAUAAAGAACAUUCCAAAUAAGUACACCUCCAAGAUGUUGUUAGCAGCCAUUGAUGAAAAUCAUAAGGGUACCUAUGAUUUUCUCUACUUGCCAAUUGAUUUUAAGAACAAGUGCAAUGUUGGUUAUGCAUUUAUAAACAUGGUAUCUCCUUCUCAUAUCAUCUCCUUUUAUCAGGCAUUCAAUGGGAAAAAAUGGGAGAAGUUUAAUAGUGAAAAAGUUGCCUCAUUGGCAUAUGCCAGAAUUCAGGGCAAAGCGGCACUCGUUGCCCACUUCCAGAACUCAAGCUUGAUGAAUGAAGACAAGCGAUGCCGCCCUAUUCUUUUCCAUUCUGAGGGGCCCGAAGCUGGUGAUCAGGAACCAUUUCCAUUAAAUGGCAUGAUGAACAUUCACGUGUGGCAACAAGAUGGGACUGUUUCAGCGGAGGUCCUGGCGGAAAGUCCAACAAAGAACAACCCAAGUGAGAAGCCAGAGAAGAGCACCGAACUGGAAAAUGGCUUGGAAAUGUAGUAAAUGCCGCAGCAAACAGGUGGUUGUGAAUGCUGACUGUUCUAUAGGUAUUCAAGUGUAUAAAAACGUGAGGGGAAAUUGGAGGUGCAAUUGUAUGAUAGGGUGCGUCCACUUUUGAAGCGAUGGAUGUGCCAAUGCAUAUAUUACAUUGUGAAUGGAGGGGUUUAAUGGCGCUCCAUGUUUUGUAUAGAUAGAAAUUGGUAUCUAAGGGUCAUGUAAAGAAAAUAAGGUCAAAUUGUACAGGUGACAUUUUAGAUUGGUCUUUUGGCAACCAUGUUGCUCAUAGCUGAGCAUGGUUGAACUUGUUUUCUUUUGGUUGAACUCAUGUUUAUUUGGUAAUAUAUGGGGAGUGCAAGGUGUUUCAAAGUCUUCUGGUCGGUCUUGAGUUGUACAAAGAAACAUAACUUGCUUUGUUACAAACUUAUAUAUAGUUAUUUACUAUGUUGCAGUAA